GUUUCGAGCCACAAAAAAUUCCAGUCGCGUCGCGAGCAAGUACGCAAGUGGAAAAACCUUCGUUCCCUCCUAGACGGUCUUCUUCGUUGAUUUUCCCCGGGAAAAUGUCGCCUUUGGUGCUUCUGCUCAGCGUGCUUCUCCUGUCGCUUUGCUGUGCGUCAUCCGGUGCAUCCGACGAACGCGGAGAAAUGCCGGGUGGUCACGCAUCAGGGGCAAUGAGCGCGAUUAACGAGCCGCUAACGCCUCUACCGAAGUACGAAGGACGGCAGUUCCUAGGAGAUUAUCCUUACCCUUCGUUCGCGAACAGAUACAGACCGCAGAGAUGUCCCCUUUGCGACAGCUCGGUUUAUCCUUACUGCGGCGAGAAGAUGUUCCACGACGCCUGCUGUUGCAGCGAUUCUCAUCAUGACUUGCCUUAUCAGUGCAGACUGGCGGACUGCGGAUUCCUGCACGCCAACAGCUGCAGGGAGCACCGGCUGAUCGCAAAUUGCUGCUGCAGCGACGACUAUCGCGCGCUCCUGAAGAAUCUGGCGAUCGCGCUUUAGCGCGGGACGGUGCGUGGAACAUCGGCGUUGGAUUCUGGACGUGGCGAUGGGCGCAAAAUCGACCCGACGUCGACGAUCUACCAGUUUCGAGAGACAUCGAGAGAGCGAGAGCAAGAGCGAGAGCGAGAGAGAGAGAGGGAGGGAGGGGGAGAGAGAGAGAGAGCGCGUCUCGGGCCGCUCGCGAUAAUGUAAUCUUUGCGAAUGGUGUGACACACAAACGCCCGCGCGUGUGUGGGAGCGUAUUUGUUCGUUUCUUCCGCUUUGCUGGCAAAGAUUAAACACUGAACACGUUCGCCUUCGAAUCUAGAAGUUUAUUUAUAAACACGCUCAUACCCCGACUGACAGCCGGGACGAAUGUAAUAGUUAAUUGAUUCAGAGAUUACAUGAGUGGCAUAUAAUUCACGCGCGAUACGCGAAAUGCUCAUAUAUAGAUACCGCCGAGUCAUCUCUCUCUCUCUCUCUCUCUCCCUUUCUCUCUCUCUCUCUCUCGCUUUUCGACGCCGCCACCGCCUCCGCCGCCGCCGCCUUCGCACGUAGUCCAAGGUUGUCCACCUGCUCGUCCGUUGCGAACACACAAAAAAUGCAAAUGCAUCGGCAAACCUUCGGCGAUCCCCAGACAGUUCCUAUCGCGUCAUUGCUGUUUAUGCGCGAGAGCCGCGCGUCGCCCGAUUUUGACGCACUCCCACGAGUGUGGGUGGCCGGUUUGAUGUUGUCGGCCGUCAACAUGAUUCUCGGGAAGCCACGUGCCGUCGGAGUUCCUGCCUUAUCUUAUUUUCAUUCGCGCAUCGUCGGCAUACCUGGCUCACACUCUCUCUCUCUCUCUCUCUCUCUCUUGCUCCCGCGCGCGUGCACUUCGCCUCCACGUGCGAGGUGAAUAAAGGCGAGUGCGAAAGCACUCGGCGCUCCGAAUGUGUCAAGAGCUGCUGUCUCUCUCUCUCUCUCUCUCUCUCUCUCUCUCUCUCUCUGUCGAAAGCUGCUGAUACGUACAUGGCCAGAAUCGCGCGGGCACAGGGUGACGCGGGUCACCUCACACGCACGCACACGUGGCGAGGGUGUGUGCCGCGGCGACGGCUGUGCUUGUAUUCGCGAGUGACGCGAGUGGAAAUUUUGAAUAUUAUACGUGCAGACAAGCGCGUCUCACGCACAUGCGUUCAUAUAAUGAGGCAUGUCUUGCGCGCAGCGCGCAUAUACACAUGCACAUUUUCGGGAUCCAUUAUUCGCGAGCUAUUCGCACACAUUGAACCGAGUUGUAGGGUUAUAUAUUAUAGGGGACGGGGAAAGAAGUUGGACCCCCUGAAUAACUUUGAAAAUAUGCAAGAUUUUUGGUACAGAAGUUGUAAGAUUUUAAAUGACGCAUCACGUAGUAAUAUUAGUAUGACCUUAAACAGCGUCAUUAAGGUUCAUCAGCGUCGGGAAAGUCACCUUGAAUUUUUAAAAUAGAA